AUGGCGGGAACCAGUCUAGGGGCUCGCUUCUACCGGCAGAUCAAAAGACACCCGGGGCUCAUCCCAAUGAUCGGUUUCAUCGGCCUGGGCAUGGGCAGCGCUGCACUCUACUUGCUUCGACUUGCCCUGCGCAGCCCGGAUGUCUGCUGGGACCGAAAGAACAACCCAGAGCCCUGGAAUCGGUUGAGCCCCAAUGACCAGUACAAGUUCCUUGCAGUUUCCACUGACUAUAAGAAGCUGAAGAAGGACCGACCGGACUUCUAAGCCAGGCUGGGCUGCUAGUUGAAAGUAUAUCCUCGCACUCACUUCUACUCCCUGCCUAUAAAUCCUAGGGUGUCAGUCUAGCCAUUCUGUCCAGCUUCUGCUUACACAGGCUGGAUUCCCACGAAGAAGAGGGGAGGCAGCUCCACCCCCACCCUUCUCCCUUGCUCCAACGGAAGUACCUCUGACCCUUAGCUCAAGUCCCAUGUGGGAGCAGGAAGGGAGUCAAGAAGGCAGGCAGCAGCUGGGGUCCACCCAAAAGGCCCAAACCAGACCCUCUGCUUUCCUACCCGGGCCUUUUGGGGUGUGGCACAGGCUACGUGUUGAGCGUGACCAACGUGUGGCAAGAGCAAGCAGGGGCCUCAGAGCGCCAAGAGAUUUGGCAGCCCCACAUUAGCUCAGGAUCCAAGUACCGCCCAGGGCGGUGCUGGCGCUGGCUCACUCUGUUUGGGCUCAUCCCCAUAGCUCAGCCAGCCCAGAAUGGGCACCUUUGCCACGCAGUACACUCCUCCCCUGUUCAAGCCUGCAGCUGCCUGCCAAUGACAUCCCCUCCCAUCUCACAC